GCCCUUGCCCAUCCUGCCGCAGGGGAAAGUCGAGGCCAACAAAGUACACGUGUAACACAGGCGAAUACACAGGAAGGCCUCGGAAAGAUAAGCUGCACGCUUUCUGGAAGCUGCUACAGGGAAAACCGGGGCAGUCUGAGAGGUCAAGGCAACAGCUUCGCGCGUGGAUGGCAGUGGGCUACGCCGGCGAUGCCCAGAGCGGACCGGCUGCAGGCAGACCUUUUAAGGAAGCCCGGCUUCCCCGCCAGACAGGCCUUGAGGCCCUCUGCACAGGAGCCCCAGCGCAGACCGCUGCACGGCUGUCUAGAGCCUGGCGUUCUGUGUCCCUCCUUCAGCACCAGUUGUUGGCCAAAAAUAAACACCAUUCCUCAACCAUAUAUGUCCACUGGCUGGGCCGGGAGCACACGGGCGGGUCGGCCGUUGGGUGCGCUCAGCAUGCACAUCACCCAGCUCAACCACGAGUGCCUGCUGCACCUCUUCUCCUUCCUGGACAAGGACAGCAGGAGGAGCCUGGCCGGGACCUGCACCCAGCUCCAUGCCGUGUUUGAAGACCCUGCGCUCUGGCCCCUGCUGCACUUCCGCUCCCUGGCCGAGCUGAAGAAGGACAACUUCCGGCUGGGUCCGGCGCUGCGCAGCCUGUCCAUCUGCUGGCACUCCAGCCGCGUGCAGGUGUGCAGUGUCGAGGACUGGCUCAAGAGCGCCCUCCAGAGGAGCCUCUGCAGCCGGCAUGAGAGCCUGGUCAGUGAUUUUCUCCUCCAGGUGUGCGACAGGUGCCCCAACUUGACAUCCGUCACGCUGUCGGGCUGUGGCCACGUCACCGACGACUGCCUGGCGCGCCUGCUUCGCUGCUGUCCGCGCCUGCGCACGCUGCGCCUGGAGAACUGCGCGCGAGUCACCAACCGCACUCUGGUCGCCGUGGCCGCGCACGGGCGCGCGCUGCAGACGCUGCACGUCGACUUCUGCCGCAACGUGAGCGCCGCGGGCCUGCGCCGCCUGCGCGCCGCCCGCCCCCGCCUGGCCCUGCGCGCCGAGCACAGCGCGGCCAUGAUUCCCGACCGGCUCCCGCGCGCGCCCGCCGGCCUGUGCACGCCGCGGUGGCGCUAAGCCCGAGCCCUCGGGGCGCGCGACUCCGGCUUCGUCUGCGCUACUGUGAUUGUGCCUGCCUCGCGCGGCGAGCUUUUACGCGGAAGAAAACGCGAGUAAAGGACCGGGUGCUCACGAUUCUCGUGUGGUUCUCGCUACCACCCCGACCCUUUCCGUCGGCUCCGCGUGCGCCCACGGUCCCGGGGCACGCGACGGACACACCAGCUUGCAGCCACCGUGGGGUGCCGGCGCCGCCCGGUCCACAAGUCCGAGUGCAGCCUCCCGUGUUUCCUACCCGUCCCGGAGAAGGCAAACAUGGGUGGGCACAGGGGGAUGUAAAAAUAAGAGCAGUGAACCCGUUCAAGUCUUUUGAUAAGAGAGCCCCUAACCCCCGGAUAGUCAAGUGUAACUGCUGGCCUGGGGCACGCGCGUGGCCUCAACGUCCCACCUUCGGGAAAACCUCCCCACGACCUAGCCCCUGGUCGCAGGUACAGGGGCAACCCGCGACGAGCCCCUCCGUCCCGGCCAGGUGUUUCUUCCUUGGAAGGCGAGCUGUUUCCAAUUUGCCCAGAUGGGAAACAGCACGGAAAAUGAGGCCUUGUGAUCUCGGGGCCAGGAGUUUAGGCAGCGAGGUGCAGGGCUGGUGGGGAGGGGUGGGCCACAGCAAACCUAAUCGGAGCCCCUGACGCCAGCGCCGCCGGGCUUUGCUGUCUUCACCUCCGUGUGCCUGCCCCCCAGCAGGUCCUGUCUGCUGUGUUGGUGGUCUAGCUUGGGAACAGCAGGAUCCUGGCCUCAGCUCCACCGGCUUCUCCCUACUUUUAGCCCCGGCUAAGGUCAUGCUUCCUUAUCUGUGUGCAGUGGAAGCCAGAGGAUAGAGUCCGUGAGGUUCUUACCGGCUCAGCAACGUUCGAAAGCAGGCCGCUUCACAAAAUCCAGCCCGCAGAGGGGGCCCGCAUCGUCCACAGCAGCUUUGCUCUAAACUCCGGGGGCCGUGCGUAUCAAGAUGAGUGUCCACAGAACCAAAGCCAUGCUGACGCCCGCGCCCAGCAUUGCCUCUCGGGCUCUAGGAAGCCUCGGGCAGGGGCGGGGGCUUUGCGCGCCCCCAGGUGGGCGCAGUUCACAGCACCAGGUGCGCCCUCCCGCGGCUCCUUCGCCGCUCUUACCUGGGCCAGGCUGACCUCAUGGGAGUCAGGCCUGGGUGCGGGAAGACAGAAAACUG